AUGUCGCACGAAACUUGUGGCCAUGUGAAUCCUUCUGGCAGCAAUUGUGAUGAUGCUGGUGGUGGUGGCGUUGGUUGUGGUGGUGGUGGUGGUGGUGGUGGUGGUCGUCGUCUUCUGCUUAUCCCCACCGCGCAUUCUACGUCGUACAGCAAACUGCUGCACCGUACUCCCCAACACCACAGCAACAGGAAGGCGCGAAAAGAUGCCAAUUCUCACUUUGAUGGAGAUAAUGCUGGUGGUGCUGGUGCUGAUGCUUGUGCUAGUGGUGAUGCGAGAAUCGGUGCUGAGUGA